UAACAUUCGAUCUAGACAUUCAGAUUUUGUCUUUGCUUCUACUAUAGUAUUUCCCAGGUACACUGGUUUGUAGUUGGUAAGUAGUAUCACUCGAGAUUCAUUACUCACUAAUCAGUAGUUACUAGUUAAGGGAAGAAAAAUGCAUAGCGAUGGGAUCUUAGGAACGAAAGCGGGGGCAAGCAAGCAAAGGAAGUGGCUGAAGGGAAGAGAGAGAUGGCUUGUGGUGCUUGGCAUCAUCCUCCAUGCCGUUUACAUGCUCAGCAUCUUCGACAUUUAUUUCAAGUCUCCCAUUGUUCACGGCAUGGAUCCUGUUACCCCUCGCUUCGCCGCCCCGGCCAAACGCCUAGUCCUUCUCGUUGCUGAUGGUUUGCGUGCUGACAAAUUCUUUGAGCCGGAUGCAGAAGGGAAUUUCAGAGCUCCAUUCUUAAGAAAUAUAAUAAAAACACAAGGUCGUUGGGGGGUGUCUCAUGCUCGGCCCCCAACAGAGUCGCGGCCUGGGCAUGUUGCCAUAAUUGCUGGAUUCUAUGAAGAUCCCAGUGCAGUUACAAAAGGGUGGAAGGCGAAUCCUGUUGAGUUUGAUUCCGUGUUUAACAAAAGUCGGCAUACGUUUUCUUAUGGGAGUCCUGAUAUAGUUCCAAUUUUCUGUGGUGGUUUGCAGCAUAGCACCUGGGGUACCUAUCCACAUGAAUAUGAAGACUUUGCUACGGAUGCAUCAUUCCUGGACGUGUGGUCUCUUGAUCAAUUUCGAAGCCUUCUUAACAGGUCCCAUGAAGACUCAAAGCUAAAGGGACUUUUGCAGCAGGAUAAUCUUGUUAUAUUCCUUCACCUGCUUGGGUGUGACUCUAAUGGGCAUGCUCAUAGGCCCUUCUCCUCCAUCUAUCUCAACAAUGUUAAGGUUGUUGACCAUGUAGCUGAAAAUGUUUAUUCUCUUCUCCAAGAUUAUUUCAAGGAUAAUCGUACAACAUACAUUUUUACAGCAGAUCAUGGAAUGAGUGACAAAGGAAGCCAUGGAGAUGGGCAUCCUACAAACACGGAUACUCCCCUUGUUGUAUGGGGUGCUGGUGUUAAAUAUCCGAGACCAAUUUCUAGCAGCAACCAUUCUGAUUGUGGUUUUCGAUUUGUUGAUGACCAUGUCCAUGACGCGCCAACACCAACUGAAUGGGGCUUGCAAGGGAUUGAAAGGGUGGAUGUCAACCAAGCUGAUAUUGCACCACUGAUGUCUACACUACUUGGUCUUCCUUGUCCUGUUAACUCAGUUGGAAGUCUACCCAUAGAUUAUAUCGACAUGACCAAGGCUGAUGAAGUUGAAGCUGUUCUAGCCAAUACAAAGGAAAUUCUGAACCAAUUUCUUCGCAAAUCAGAUAUCAAGCAGUCAAAUUCUCUAUAUUUUAAACCAUUCAAACCACUGUCUCAAUAUUCCUCAAUAUUGGAUGAAAUUGAGGAUCGGAUAUUGGCUAGAGAUUAUGAUGCUGCAAUGGACCUAUCUCAAAACCUCAGAAGUUUGGCAUUACAAGGACUUCACUAUUUCCAAACUUAUGACUGGUUGAUGCUCAUGUCUGUAAUCACCCUCGGGUAUGUUGGUUGGAUGAUCUAUCUUGUUCUGCAUGUGCUGCAGUCUUACACUUCACUGCCAGGAACUAUUGGAAUGGAGCAAGGUGGUCAGAAAAAUAAUUGUGGAAAAAUAUAUCUAUUUGGAUCUAUAGUGAUAGCAAUCCUUUGUUUGCUGUUAUUACUUGAGCACUCUCCACCUCUUUACCAUGCAUACAUGAUAAUGACGUCAUUUCUAUGGGUCCAAAUAUUUAGUGAAUACCAGUUUAUUAAAGCAUUAUGGAAGCUGUUAUCUGGAAGAAGGAAUGAUAUUAUCGUUAAGCUUCUUGCCACAACUGCUGUCUCAAUUUUUAUUCUCGAGUUCCUGGUUAAUAGCUUCACUGAGAGGAAGCUUUAUACCUGGUGUUUUUUAAUUACCGGUGUUACAGCUUCUAUCUAUCUCUUUAAGAUAGUUCCAUGGAGAUCUGGUAUACCAAUAUUUGUUUGCAUUGCAUGUUGGUUUCUCUCUAUCUUCACAUUGAUGCCAGCAGAAAUUCCUGACAAUAAUCAAUUAGUAGUUGUUAGUGGGGCCAUCAUAAUCAUUAUAGGAAUAGGUGCAAGGUGGCUUGAUCUACAUGCUGGUGGGAAUAAGUAUUGGCUAAGUAUAUGCAAUUGUGAGUUGAAAAGACACAAAUUUUCUUCUCUAUUUUAUUUACAGGCUCUAUUGGUCGCGUUAUCUUCAGUCAUGGUGUAUUUAUCAACAACUCACAGAACUGAAAAACGGGAGUUACUUGCAGUGCACCAGUUGAUAAAUUGGUCAGUUGCCGAUAUGAAGCUAUAUUCUAUGCAGCUCUUGCACUAGUACUUAUGGCAUGGAUACUCUUUGAAAAUACACUUCUUAACUUAAAUAUUGUUAAUACAUCAUUGGAUAACAAUAAAAAAGUAAAGAACAAUCUCAUCCUUGGACUUGAAAACAGAUCUAUGCUGCUGUCUGAUGUGAGAAUUCCUUUGGUUUUUAUGGUUUUAUUCAACAUUGCCUUCUUUGGAACGGGAAACUUUGCAAGUAUUGCAAGUUUUGAGAUUUCAUCAGUCUAUCGGUUUAUUACUAUAUUCAGUCCAUUUCUGAUGGCAGCGCUACUUAUCUUCAAGUUAUUUAUACCUUUCAUGCUUGUGAUAUGUGUAUUCAGUGCGAUAACCAAAUUGAAUAAAGUUCCAAGGUUGGGAUGCUAUUUUCUUGUCAUAUUAUUCUCAGACGUGAUGACAAUUCACUUUUUCUUCCUGGUUCGGAAUACGGGAAGUUGGAUGGAGAUUGGUAAUAGCAUCAGUCAUUUUGGUAUCAUGAGUGCCCAAGUUGUUUUUGUUCUUUUACUAUUUGCUCUCACAAAUACCUUCACCAAGGACAUCCAAUGUAACACAGCAGCAAAAUCCGCACAGAAGGCAAAUUAGGUUGCAUCUCAGGGACAUAUUUGGCCCUACAAAUGAGCUCUACCAUAACAUCAUGGCAAUCAGACUAUGCAUUUUUGUUCGUGGCUUUGGCGGAAUUUAUAACCACCCUGGUUUUGUGCCGAUCUCUGGUAGUUUCUGUUUUCCAUGUGAGGCCCGGGGUUGUACGGGUGAUAACGGAAUGCAACUGGGGCCGAAAUUUGGUGUGUUAACUGAUCUAUCUCAAUUUUUAUUUUUGGUUCAAUGUUUGAGUCCCUCCUAACUAUAUGGUUCAAAGUUGAGAUUGAGGGACAGUUUUGGGAAACUCAUGCAAAAGUUAUCAAAGAAUUUCUGCCUUUGCGAUGAAAUGGAAUCAAGAACUUGUCGAUUGUUUCUAUUAUUUGGAUUCUGAUUUACAUCCUGCACCUUGGUAUUUGAGUUCAUAGAGCUGAGCGCAAUUCAGGUCUGGAUUGUUAAUUACAACUGAAAGGGGAAGGAUAUUAUUUGUUUGGCCUGUAAACAUUUAUUUUGUAAGAGUGUAGCAAUGUGAAAUUUUCAAUCGUUUUUGUUCUACUCUACUUUUUGAGGCCUCAAUGCCAGUUUAAGACUAUCAUACACACCGAUAUCUGGUGAUGAUUUUGUAAUAACAUAUGACUAGAUUUAC